AUGCUUACCAAGUACGCUGUCCUCGCCGCCACCGCCGCCGCCGCUGUUGCCGCCGCUCCUGCCCAGAAGCGUGCCGCCGCUGGCCAGGCUGACAUUGACGUCGUCAUCCUCAACUACGCCCUCACCCUGGAGCACCUCGAGAACGCUUUCUACCGUGACACCCUUGCCACCUACGACGCCGAUGCCUUCCGCUCUGCCGGUUACCCUGACUGGGUUCGCCAGCGCUUCACCGAGAUCGGUGGCCACGAGAAGGCUCACGUCGACUUCCUCACCAAGGCUCUCGGUGACCAGGCCACCAAGGAGUGCACCUACGACUUCGGUAUCACCGACGUCAAGACCUUCAUCGCCACCGCCGCUCUCCUUGAGGGUAUCGGUGAGAGCGCCUACCUCGGCGCUGCCCAGAACAUCACCAACCCCAGCACGCUUACUGCGGCUGGCUCUAUCCUGACCGUCGAGUCGAGGCACGCUGGAUGGGUUGCUUCGUCGGUGCAAAACGGCGAUGGUUUCGCCCGUGACAACAGCACGCCUCUCAACUUCAACCAGACCUACUCGCUCGCCGCACCCCUGAUCAAGUCGUGCCCGGACACCAACCCUGCCCUCCCCGUCAAGGCCUUCCCCGCUGCCAAGAUCAGCGGCGACGUCUGCGGCGGCAAGACCGUGACCAUCUCUGGUGACGGUGUGCAGCCCGGUCAGUACGCUGCCUUCCUCGCUGGCCUCGGAGUGUACUACGCCCAGAUCGGCGACGGCAACAGCGUCACCGUGCCCCAGGACGUCGGAUACGGCCGCAUCUACGCGGUUGUGUCCAAGGUCAACAACUCGAUCGCUGACGACAACGUCGUCGCCGGCCCCGCUGUCAUUGACAUCCCUCUGUCCGCCAGCCAGGCCCAGGACCUCUACGCUAACAAGCAGUAA